GUAAUAAUAAUUGUUAAAGAAAUAAAUUACAAUGUAAAAUACGAAAAUAUGUGUGUUUAAGGAUCUUGAAACGGAAAAAAAUAUGUGUUAAAUACGAUAUUGUGAAUCAAACAUAUAUAUAAUAUUGUGCAUAGUAAUUCUGUGCGACCAAUUAACCUUUUUAAUCAACUAUAACCAAUAUUCUAUUCAUAGACAAAUCUGUAUCUGUGGCUAAAACCAACCAAGUGUCAACAAUGAAAACAAUAACAAUAAACGAACAAUUCAAUUUAAAAGUUGUGAAAUAUGAAUUAGAUUUUUCAAGUCUAUACAAGCCCAGGCAGAUGAAGAGGAGAAAGAAAGACAUAAAAGUACCCUCAUUUAAAAAACAUUUUGAAAUACCCUCACCACCAGUUGUAAAUCCACAGAAAAAAAAGGAUGUAAAAAUUCUCAUAGAAGAAUUACUAGAGGAGUUAUAUGGCGACCGGCAUGAUUGGUGUAACAGCAGUGCGGUGGGAUGCAGCUAUGGAUCCACAACGGUCGCCUCUGUGACAUCAGGCCAAUCAAACUGUGAAGACCAAACAUAUGCCAUCGAACUAAGCUACUUGGAAUCUUUAGAUACUGAAGAGCUUCGGUCACAAGUCAUAGAAUGGCAGAGGAGUUUACAAACAGCUGGGGCUCGACUCGCAAAAUAUUUAAGAAUGCGAGACAAACAACGCCGUUAUCAGAAAAAGCUCUGCGCAGCAUUUAGCGUCCUGCUGAGACAUAUUACUGGCGACACAAAUGCCCGGUUCGGAGUGACUCCAGGCGGCGAAGGCCCAGGAGAGGGAGGCUUCGCAGAAUGGCUGCAUGCAAUGCGGCUAGUUGCCCGUCUACCAGCUGGAGUACCUCAGCAUUUUCGCAGAAGACUAUGGCUUACCUUGGCGGACCGUCAUCUAAGCUCCAGGAACAUAGACUGGCCUGCAGCAGAGCGAGCCUGCUUCAGAGGCACAGCACAACCAGAUGAUGCAGAGCUUAGCGCUCAAAUACUUAAGGAUUUGCAUCGUACCGGUUGCUCACUAUUCUGUGGGACUGAGGGACGGGAGAAUCAGGCGAUGCUAAAGAGGGUUUUGUUGGCUUACGCUCGAUGGAACAAAGAAGUAGGAUACUGCCAGGGGUUCAAUAUGAUGGCCGCUAUCAUAUUAGAAGUAAUGGAGAAAGCAGAACCAGAUUCUUUGAAGGUGAUGAUUUACUUGGUGGAGGCUGUUUUACCCGAAGGUUACUUUGCUGACGACCUCCGCGGACUGUCAGCUGACAUGGCUGCCUUUCGGGACCUUUUGCGACUGCGGCUACCACGACUUGCCAACCACAUGGAUUAUUUACAGAAAAUAUCUGAUGGCGGUGGAGUAGAGCCUCCAUUACCGGAUGUGUUUACAAUGCAAUGGUUCCUGACGUUAUACGCAACGUGGCUUCCUCGAGAUGCUUUACUAAGGAUAUGGGAUUUGAUUCUACUUGACGGGAACGAAAUAUUAUUACUCACAGCUCUUGCUAUUUGGGAUAUGCUUCAAGAGCGAAUACUAUCAGCCCGUUCUGCAGACGAAUUCUACAGUUGUAUGGGGGGAGGGGCCAGUACUGUGUGGGAAUCGAGUGAUGCUCUAGUCGCUAGGGUAGUAUCUCUGAACUCUGCACCAGAAUUGCCUGGUCUUCGGAACCUACAUCGGUAUAGGGUGACCCCACCAGUACCACCAAAUGCGCCUACACAUCCACCUAUACAAUCAGCGAUGCAGUCGAUGACGAAGCGAGGUCUGCGGUUAUUCUAUUCGGAAGAUGAAGGCGACUCAAGUGAUGAUGGCAAUAAAUUAGCCCUAGCUACGGUGAUUCCCCGACGAGACAACCGGUCAGGAACGGGUGAUAGACUUACAUUAGAUAUUGGAGCAUUGAAGAGACAGUACGCACGCCUCAGAGAGCGACAAAGACAAGCUCAUGUCAUUUUGGCGGCUGCCUGCGCUCGUCACGCUGCAGGUAAUAUUUGAGCUACCUUCUGAAGCUUCGGGACUGAAUAAACUUAA